AUGGCCUCUCGCCUUCUUGUCUCUGGCCUUCCCCGGUCCCUCCCUCCCCUUCCUCCGGGGCCUGGCCCUCCCUGUGUCCCCUGUGUCGAGGGUCGCCUGCGGGCUACCCCUCACUCCUCCCCGUUCCCUCCGACGGAGGCCCCGAUGCAGACGCUUCACAUGGACGUGUGGGGCCCAGCCCGCGUCCGUGGACAGGGUCACGAGCGCUACUUCCUGCUGGUGGUUGACGACUACUCGCGUUACACCACAGUCUUCCCCUUGCGCAGCAAGGGUGAGGUCACUGAGGUGUUGAUCGACUGGAUCCGCGCAGCUCGUCUCCAGCUCAGGCGGAGCUUCGGCUCGGACUUUCCUGUUUUGCGUCUGCACUCGGACAGAGGCGGAGAGUUCUCCUCCGGCCUUCUGCGAGCCUACUGUCGGGCACGAGGCAUCCGCCAGACCUUCACGCUUCCGGACUCUCCACAGCAGAAUGGGAUUGCUGAGCGCCGCAUCGGCAUUGUCAUGGACGUCGCCCGUACGUCCAUGGUGCAUGCGGCUGCCCCCCAUUUUCUGUGGCCGUUUGCGGUUCGGUACGCCGCACAUCAGAUCAACCUUCAGCCCAGGGUCUCCAGACCGGAGACCUCCCCAGCUUUGCUGUGGACGGGGAAGGUUGGCGAUGCGUCGGCGUUCCGUGUCUGGGGAUCUCGGGCGUUUGUCCGCGACUUGUCUGCGGACAAGCUGUCCCCUCGUGCUGCUCCCUGUGUCUUCCUUGGCUUCCCCACAGACGCUCCCGGGUGGCAGUUUUACCACCCCUCCUCUCGUCGUGUUCUGUCCUCCCAGGACGUCACGUUCGACGAGUCAGUCCCCUUCUACCGCCUCUUCCCCUACCGCACUCCUUCCCUCCCCCCUCCGCCGGACUUCCUUGUGCCAGUUCCCCCCCCGGUAGACCCCCUCCCCCCUCAGGUUCCUGCCCCCUCAGGUGUGUCCCAGGUAGACGCAGUUGACCCGGUCGAGGUUACUGGUGACUCUGGUGCUGCUGCGGGUGCUGAGCCUGGGGGUGCUGACUCUGGGGGUGCUGUGCGCGGGGGUGCCGAGCCUGGAGGUGCUGCUACUGGGGGUGCUGGGCCUGGGAGUGCUACUGCGGAGGGUGCGGAGCCUGGGGGUGCUGAGCCGGGGGGUACGUCUGGAGCUGCUGAGCCUGGGGGUGCUACGUCUGGAGCUGUUGAGCCUGGGGUUUCUCCUGCUGCUGCGUCUCGCCGGGAGCCCCUCUCUCCACAGGAGCUGCGCGAGUGGUUUGCUCGCCGCUGGAGGCGUGCUGCUGGAGCUGGAGCUUCUUCGACCGUCGAGGGUGCUGGUGCUGCCGGUCCCGGAGCUGCUGGGUCUGCGGGUACUCCUGGAGCAGGAGCUCCUGAGGGUGUUGGUGCUGAGACUCCUGCUGUCUGUCCCGGCGGUGGUUCUGCUACUGGUGCUGCUGGAGGUCCUGCCGCUGGAGGUGUUGGUGGCGCUGGUGCUGUCGCUGAGGGUGCUGGUGCUGUCCCUGCUGAGUCUGGAGCUGCCGCGCGGCCUCGACCGUACUUCGUUCCGCUCCUGCAGCAGGUUCUUGGUCUUUCUCCUUCGGUAGAGUGUUCACAGCCUUCCUCACAGUCACAGUCACUGUUGGAGCCUUCCUCUCCACUGCCUGCUCCCUCUCCUUACACUGGUCCUACUGGAGGUCUUGCUGAGCGUCGUGAGCCUGCGUCUCGUCCUGCGUCGCCUGUUCGUGCUGCUCGCACUAGUGGUCGCGGUUCGCGUCAGCGUCCUCCUCCUGUCCCUGGCACGCACCGGAUGUCUCUGCGUCCGUCCACUGCUCCUCUGCGUGCCCCUUUGCCUUCUCCUCCUGAGUCCUCUCUUCCUGCCCUUGCCGACCCGGAGUCGGACUCUCUUCGUGCUGCCAGUCCUACUGUCACGCGUCUGCUUGCUACUGUCGUCACUGACCCCUCGUUUGAGUCCACUGCUGCGUCUGCUCUUGUCACUGAGCUCGUCGACUUUGCUGCUCGCUGUCGUCUAGACUACGCUGCUAGUCUUGUUGCUGAGUCUGCGUCUGUCUGUCCUCCGUCCGUCGGGGGUGAGUGUGCUCUUGGCACGGACGUCCUAGAGGACAUGCAGGAGGAGUUACAGUGUUUGGCUGCUGCUUCACCUCAUCUUGCGUCUGUACUGCUUGCUCCUGAGGGAGACCCGGAUGCACUAGACAUCCCGACUCCGCGCUCUUACGCGGAGGCCGUAGAGGGUCCCUACUCGUCUCAGUGUCAGGCAGCUAUGGAUGCAGAGAUGGCUUCCUGGAAGUCCACGGGCACCUACGUUGACGCAGUUCCCGCUCCUGGGGCGAACAUCGUCAGUGGCAUGUGGAUCUUCAGGGUGAAGCGGCCGCCGGGCUCUCCACCUGUCUUCAAGGCGCGGUACGUUGCUCGUGGCUUCAGUCAGCGGCAGGGAGUUGACUACUUUCGGACCUUCUCUCCCACCCCGAAGAUGACCACUCUUCGGUUGCUGCUGCACAUAGCCGCUCAGCGCGACUACGAGCUUCACUCUCUCGACUUCAGCACUGCGUUCCUGCAGGGUAGCCUGCAGGAGGAGAUCUGGCUGCGCCGUCCACCUGGCUUCACUGGGACUUUCCCUCCUGGCACCCAGUGGAGCCUCCGACGGCCAGUCUACGGUCUCCGCCAGGCACCGCGUGAGUGGCACGACACACUGAGGACUACGCUUGCGGCUCUUGGGUUUGCUCCUUCUACUGCUGACCCGUCGCUGUUUCUGCGCACCGACACUUCUCUGCCGCCGUUCUACAUCCUCGUGUACGUCGACGACUUGGUCUUUGCCACAGCGGACACUGCUGGACUCGCCUACGUGAAGUCCGAGCUGCUGAAGAGACACACGUGCACAGACCUGGGUGAACUGCGCAGCUACCUUGGCUUGCAGAUCACUCGGGACAGAGCACGCCGCACCAUUACCUUGACUCAGUCACACAUGGUGCAGCAGGUCCUUCAGCGCUUCGGCUUCACGUACUCCUCGCCUCAGGCCACUCCUUUGUCUACUCGCCACUCGCUCUCAGCUCUGCCUUCGGAUGAGUCCGUAGAGUCGAGUGGCCCGUACCCAGAGCUUGUUGGCUGCCUCAUGUACCUGAUGACCUGCACACGACCUGACCUUGCAUACCCUCUGAGCAUUCUUGCACGCUAUGUUGCUCCUGGGAGACACCGACCAGAGCACAUGGCUGCAGCGAAGAGGGUGUUGCGCUACCUGUGCAGUACGUCGGGCAUGGGGCUAGUGCUUGGAGGGCGCAGUCUAGUGGUCCUUACAGGGCACGCGGACGCUUCUUGGGCUGACGACCAGGCUACGCAGCGGUCGUCACAGGGUUACACCUUCAGUCUUGGUUCCAGCUCUGUCUCUUGGCGGGCUACUCGCUCGUCUUCGGUUCUCAGCUCCAGUUGUGAGGCUGAGAUCUACGCUGGGGCCAUGGCUGCACAGGAGCUUCGCUGGCUCACCUACCUGCUGACUGACCUUGGAGAGCCGCCUCGUUCUCCUCCAGUGCUGUACGUAGACAACAAGGUCGUGCUGGCCUUGUGUCGAGAGCAGCGUCUGGAGCACAGAACUAAGCACAUUGCUCUUCGCUACUUCCUUGCUCGUGAGCUGCAGCAGCGUGGACAGUUGCGGCUUGCGUACGUGGCCUCUGAGGCCAACACUGCUGAUGUGUUCACCAAGGCACUCUCGCCUUGUGACCAUCAGCGCCUCUGCACCCAGCUGGGUCUUAUUUAUAUGACAUAUUUGCUGUAG